UAUGAUAUGUGAAACCAUCACUAGUCAUGGAAGCCGUGUGUGACCGCGGCGAUGGAAGGUGCCAAGCAUACGCCUUAGCUGCAGCAUUGCACUCGCUCAAUCUCUACUGUGCUGCAAUAUCCAGUGCCCUAAUUUGCUGCUGUGGCCGUAGACCAACACGGGCACCAAGCCGCUGGAGAUGUCAAAACAUUCGUGGCGUAACGAGCAUUAUUUUGGGCGUGGUGUGGUGUUGUGGUGCAGCGGCGGCUUCUCUGCGGCCCGCUGACACUGUCUACUUGGUCGCAUCACUGAUGGCACCACUUUCCUGGCUCGCAGCAGCUGCGUUCCAUGUGUCGCUAUGGACUAGGCGCUCCCUCGCGCCUACUCUCUAUCUAGCAGUUUAUUGGUUCCUUACAACUUUAUCAUCUGCGGCAUUACUCUUCGAACAUUCGAAAAGAAAAUCAUUCGUGAAUCAUUUAGAAGUAUACAUUCAAAGCCUCACACUAAUCUGUGCGGUAGUAAUGGGUGUUGUUGACUGCUUAUGUUUUUAUGACGAGGUAGCCAAAUACACAUCGGCAACAUACAACCAAAAAUCUUCAAAUGAUUCUAGUGUAACAUAUAAAUAUAAUGAGACCCAUUUCUACGGUAAAAUUACAUUUUUUUGGCUCAAUACGUUGUUAUAUAAAGGAUACCGAAUACCACUUGAAACAGGUGAUUUAGGACCACUACCAGAUGAAGAGAAAUCUAAAACAUGUUAUGACAAGUUUAAAAAAAAACACAUUGAUAAAGAUGCGAGAAAAACCAAAGCCUGUACUCCUAGCUUAUGGAAAACUUUCGUCUUAACCGUAUGGCCCAAUUUCUAUAUUGCUGGAAUUCUAAAAUUGUUCGGCGAUUUGAUGGGAGUUAUAGCACCUCUAGGUCUUGGCAUCAUAAUACAAUUUAUGGACAAAGAACAGACGCAAGUUGAGGAUGAUCCUGAUGUCACUAUAGAUGAAUUUUUCGAAAACGGUUAUGCUAUGUUGAUGGUUGUAACACUUUCACUCAUUCUUCAGGCUCUAUUAUCUCAAAAUUCAACACAUUUGCUUACAGUGGAAGGAACCAGAUUAAAAUCUUCUUUACAGAAUAUGGUAUUCGACAAAUGUAUGAGACUAGCAUCAUGGUCAUCCGACGAAGGUGAAUCAGAUGAAUUAUCUCCUCUUUUACAAGCUCCAAAAAGCGAAGAUUCAACACAAGCAGGAAUGCUUAUGAAUUUGGUAUCACAGGACACUUACAACAUAAUGUCGUGUGUUUGGAUUUGUCACUACACUUGGGCAAUACCAUUAAAGAUUUCAGUUAUUUUAUACUUGUUAUAUACAAAGUUGGGGGUGAGUGCUAUAAUAGGAGCAGCAACCAGCAUUGUAGUUAUUACACCAUUACAAUUUUACCUCGGUAAAAAAAUAUCGGAUAACUCCAGAAGUAUAUCAAAAUGCACCGACCACAGAGUUUCAAAAAUGUCGGAGAUUUUACAAGGGAUGAAUGUCAUUAAAUUAUAUGUUUGGGAAGAUUUGUUUAAUGAAAAAAUAUUGCAAUUGCGGGAAGUUGAAUUGAAACAUCUAAAUAAGGAUUCGAUUUGUUGGGGGCUCUUAACCUUUAUGACACAAUGCUCUUCAGUAUUAGUUACAAUAGUUACAUUUACGAUGCAUUAUUUUCUCGGGAAGACAAAUCACCUAACAACCGUGAAUGUAUUCGCCGGGCUAGCAUUGUUUAACCAGCUAACAAUUCCACUACUUAUCUUACCUGUAACUGUACUCAUGGUUAUACAGGCAUUGAUUAGCACGAAAAGAAUUAGAGACUUUUUGGAGCUGCCGGAAUCUAAAAACCUUCAAAAGGAUAAUGAUUAUCAUACAAAAUGCCAAGACUUAAAUGAAGAAUUAGUAAUGAAUCCAGAAGACAAAAUACUUAUCGAUGCUGAAAUAAAUGACACAUUCCCUGAUGGUGGUAAAAUGCAAAGUCAGGACUACCUAAUGAAAUUUAGAAAUGCCGCUUUUUCCUGGGGGAUUAAAGAUAAUUUAUGGCUGGAAAUUGAAAAUUUGGAUAUACCGGCAGGAAAGUUGAUCAUGGUAGUCGGCUCAUCUGGGUCUGGCAAAACUUCACUACUCGCAGCUAUAACCGGAGAAAUGCAAUAUGAACGGGGACAAAUAGAGAACUGCAAUGGGAAUUUUUCGAAAUGGUAUGCGGGUCAACCACCUUGGCUCCUGGAUUGGUCAAUUCGUGAAAAUAUCCUCAUGAAAAACCCGUGGUGCGCAACUAGAUAUGCAAGAGUCGUGAGAGCUACUGGUCUCCGGCCUGACUUACAGCUUUUGCCCGAUGGCGAUGACACCAUUUUAGGAAGUUAUGGAAGCCCGCUGUCGGGAGGCCAACGGGUGCGCGUGUGUAUCGCACGCGCUUUGUACUCUCAAGCACGACUCAUCGCACUCGACGAGCCGUUGGGUGCCCUGGACGCACCCCUAGCGCGGCACGUGGUUGCGCGUGCGCUGUUGCCGGCCGCGAGAUCUGGCCGCACUAUUCUUCUUGCUACUAGUAGAUUGGAAUUGUUGCACUAUGCAGACUUUGUAAUAGUGAUGGAAGGUGGGCGUGUGAGCUGCGUGGGUCGUCCAGGAGCGUGUGAGGGAGUACUAAGCCAGUGGUGGUCACUGGCGGGCGAGGCGCGCGCGGCCGCAGCGCGGAGCGGCGUCGGCCCGCCCGGAGGCACCGAGCAAGAGCGAUCGCUUCUCAUUCGAACGCUCUCUAGAAACAACUAUCAGAGAAGCGUAUCGGAAGACAACAUUAUUGCAGUAAGCGAAGCGACUGGAGCUCACUUGUUGGCGGAAGUGUCGAUGUGCGCCGGUGGCACUUGGCGGAGAACUUCACGAAAAACUAGAACACCGCUCGCAAGACAGUUCUCAUCUCCGCCUACUUCUGUACACAAUUAUAAAUUGCGACGCGAAGUUCGUCGCUCGGUUAGCGCAGACGCAACGAACGGAGCUUUACAACGGGAGGCAAGUUUAUUGAGACGACUUCUACGGCCACCAAGCCAACGUACUCUUAUAAGAUGGACACCGAGGACGUUACGACGCUUAAUCAGUUCUGAAUCUGAUGCAAAUGUGGAAAUUGGAUGUAAAGAUACGAUGGAUGACAGUACAUUAGAUUCAACGUUUGCAACAUUAACUUCAAAUGGUGUAGAAUCUAUUGCUGUGAGCGACCCUCAGCCAACAAAAGAUGAACCGGAGAUAUUACGCAACGAGAGUGCAAUAUGGAAAGAGUACAUAACGAGCUGCGGCUGGUGGGGUGUGUUGUACUGCGUGGCGGCGGCAGCUGGCCAGGGCCUGGCUGUGGCCGCCGACUGCUGGCUGUCCCGCCUUGCUGAUUACAAUACGCGACAACCACUUAGUGAUGAUCAGAUGUGGGACAUGGUACAGAUGUACGCAGGCUGGUGUGCGUGCGGUGUGUGCGCGGGCGGGUUUGCGCAAGCGGCAUGCGCAAGUGCGGGAGCGGCCGCACGCAGAAUGUUACAUGACAAGCUGUUACGAGCCACUUUAAACGCUCCUUUACAUCACCAUCACGCUACACCACAAGGCGCUUAUAUCCACCGAUUUUCAAAUGAUGUUUCUGUUGUUGACAAGAAAUUGCCGACUGCAGUAAGCCGUUGGACUCAAUUGGCUCUGCUUUGCGGAGCGGCCUUUCUAGUGAACAUCAUUCUGUCUCCAUGGACACUGUUGGUUUUAUUACCCGCUCUUUUCUUUUUCCUCGCAUUACAAUCUAUCUAUUUAAAGAAUGCCAGUGAACUACAAAACAUUGAAGCUAACAGUGCAGCUGGUGUAGUGACACUGACUGCACAAACAAGUACAGGUGCAGCGACUGUGCGAGCGGGAAAACUGCAAACUAGAUUGCGAGAAGUUUUCCAAAAGAGAGACGAUAUCAAUCAUAACGCUCUACUCCUGCUAAAUGCAUCCAAUCGCUGGCUCGGCCUUGGUCUCGAUCUAGUUGGUGCUUGUACCGUGUUUACUUCAUUAUCUGUGGCCCUCUAUAGUGGGAGUGCGGGAGCAGUGGCGGGGUUGGCGGGCACUUAUGCUCUCAUACUGCCCAUAUACCUUGCCCAUUUGGCAAAGUGUCGAGCAGAUCUACACUUACAACUUGCAUCUCUUGAUCGAAUAAUUGCGGAUAUUAAUGUUCCUCAAGAAGACUACCGGGAUGAUUGUCCAAUACCGGCUGGGUGGCAACGAAACGGAAAAAUAGAAUUUCAAGAUGUUAACGUUCAACAACGACCAAAUGGACACACUAUCCUGAAGAACAUAAAUAUAACUGUUAAACCUGGCCAAAAGAUCGCUGUAUGUGGUCGCAGCGGCAGCGGAAAGUCAACUUUAUUAUUAACGUGCGCUGGUGCGACGACCAUACAAAGUGGUCGUGUACUCAUCGAUGGGCAGGAUAUUACACGGGUUCCAUUAAAGCCGUUACGUCAUCGCAUCGUGGUGUUACCACAAGACACUACUAUGUUCUCUGGAACUUUGCGGGAGAAUUUAGACCCGCUCGCUGUGCAUACAGAUGAAGAAAUAUGGCAAUGCUUGAAAGCAGUUGGACUGUACGAUUUCGUUACAGCUCAAUCUGCAGGACUCGAGUGUUCGAUAAGCAAGCACAGCGGGUGGGCCGGCGGGCGCGGCGGGCGGGUGUGCGCGGCGCGCGCGGCGCUGCACGCCCGCCCCGCGGCCGCGCUGCUGCUGGACGAACCGGCCGCUGCACUUGACGCGCCCGCACAGCGCGUGCUACUGCGCGCGCUGGCUACACUCGCACCGCAUACCACUAUUAUUACUGUUGCGCAUCGUAUAUCAUCAGUUCGUGAGUACGACAGCAGUAUCAUCCUUGACGACGGGCGCGUUGUAGAGCGCGGUGACAUCAAUGGUCUACUUUCGGAGCCUUCUAGCCGACUGUCACGCAUGCUCACUGCACCCAACUAUGUUGUCUAAUCGACAUUGUAAAUUAUGAAUUGAUUUUAAACAAAUUUGAUAUAGAAUAUGUAGUAAGGUGCUUUUAGAAUCCAUCCAUACUAACUAUAAUGGAAACGCUAUUCAAUACUGAUAUAUGUCGCUGUAUGCAGAUAUGUCAUGGAUUGUUAUUGAAAUCAAUAUAUUUUAAUGUAAAUGCUUUUUGUAUAAGUUUACGUAAUUUAUAACUAGUAGUAGUAUUACGUGUAUUACUAAAAUAUAAUGUAACAUAAUAUUUAAUGAUAAGACUGAUAUUUUAUGUCAUAAGCCAGUUUACUAGCAAAUUAAUAUGACAACACCAAAUGUGUAGCAUUAGCAAUAUGUUUUGAUGAUUUACCUUUGUUAUAUUUGCGGGGUGAAUGUUGAUAAUAAAUGAUUAAAACAA